AGGGCGUGAGGGCGACGAUCCCAAGUCUUGUGAUCUUUGUGUUGCCAUGGGCAGCAGGAACGAGGGCUCGGCUCAGGAAUGCGUUAAUGCGACCCAGGACGAGCUUGGGCGAGUCAUGCUCUGCUCUAUGCUCUUGUCAUGUGCCGGCGUGCAUCGGGGUCUGGAAACGCGUGCGUAGCUGUGCCUGGGAUGCCUGGGAUGCCUGGGAUGCCUGGGAUGCCUGGGAUGCCUGGCUCGGUUCGUAUGCUGGAAGUCGCAAGUCGUUCCAACGCUUUCGUCCAUGGACCAUGGAACCCCCCCCCCCCAGAAGACGCGGCCGACCGCCGGCUCGUGCGGGAAGCAGGACGCAAUGUGGUCAUUUUGGGGUGUCGGCGUCGGCAAGACGCGUUCGCGCGUUUAAGAGCGUCAAAAAUGGCCAGCGACUGCGAUCGUUUCCAGAAUAUCUGCUGCAUUGGCCGGAGCUGUGACCGGAGAGAGCCAAAGCAGUGCCCGGAGUCACCGCCAUCGUUAUGUCAUGGUGGAGCGAUCUGCGGCAUUGCGGUUCGGGACGCUAUGCCGUUACUAGUGCCACAUCCUCGGAACGGAGGAGGAGACUUUAAGCUGACGGCCUGACGGUGAAGCUGACACUGACACUGGCACUGGCACUCUGAUCUUCGCCAUGUUGCGUCGGGCGUGGCUGGAACAGUGAGAAGUGGCCUCCAAUUCCUCGGCACAGAAGCGACCCGCCGGUGCUCGAUUGAGGUACAGAGAAACGCAGCGGAGUACAGAACAAAAUCGUGACCAGCCACUGCCAAGUACGCAAAACUGCUCCCGAUGCGGACGGAGGUGCGGCACGAUGGUGGGAAGUGGGCCGAGCCGGAGCCAAGAU